AUGGCGCAUGCGCCGGUGGUGAAGACGACGACGACGACGGUCGCCGACCUCACGGACCUCGUCCUCCAGGCCAUCCUCCUCCGCCUCAGCCCCGCCGACCUCCUCCGCGCGGCGCUCACCUGCCACCGCUGGCGCCGCGCCGCCACCCACGCCCUCCCACGCGUGCCGCCCCUCCUCGGCUACUUCUUCCACCCACAGGGCCCCGGCAAUCCGCCCCCCAUGCCGAUGUACGACACGACCCACCACCCCGCCGUCUUUCUCCCGCUCGACGCCGCCUCCUCCCCGUGCCUCUCCCUCGACCUCACCCCGGGCGCUGCCAGCAGCCUCUCCAUCCAGGACGUCCACCUCGGCCUCGUCCUCCUCCUCCCUCACUCGCGCCCCAAGUCGCUCCUGCCCCGCAUCCUCGCCGUCGACCCGGCGUCGCGCCGCCGCGUCCUGCUCCCGCCGCCGCCGCGCGACGCGCUGCCUGAGCGUGACGAUCGCUGGCGCCGCGACAGGUGCGUCAUCGGCGUCGCCGUUCUCGCGCGCGCGCACCCUAGCAGGCUCACCUUCGACGCCGUCUGCCUCACCAUCGACGGCGACCUCCCGCGCGCCUGGGUCGCGUCCGUCCGCGAAGGCAACUGCGCCUGGCGCGCGUUGCCGAGGGCCGAGGGGAUCACCAUCAACUUCGACCCGUGGUUGUUCGAGGGCCGCUGCGUGCACGCCGCUGGGAACAUCUACUGGCACAUCUGCAACUCCAGCCGCUUACUCCAGCUGGAUCCUUGCACGCUGGACUUCUCCUUCAUGCCCGUGCCUGCCGUCCUGGGGGAUCGCUUCGAAAAGUACCGCAUCGGAGAGACGCCGGAGGAUGGCCGUUUGUGCAUGGCAUCGAUCGUGGAGAAUCUCAGUCUGCAGAUCUGGGUGCGUGGAGAGGCCAGGUGCAGCAGCGACAGGGGGUGGUUGCUGGAGAGGAAGAUUUGCAUGACCAAACUGCUCGACACCGUGCCUGGCCUACCCAAGGACAGCAUGAUGCGGGUGCUUUGCACCUGGCUCAGCGACAUGGACUACGCUCGCACCGGAAAGGUGUUCAUCACUACAUGGGGAUAUGGGCGCUACUCGUUCCAUCUGGAGACCAGCAAGCUAGAGCGAUUGGUGAUGGAAGAUGGCAAGGAGCAUGGAAACCCUAUCUAUGCCUACACCUUGGCCUGGCCGCCUGAGUUCCUCGCCCAAGAAACUGGCCUUCUGGUUGUUGACUAGUGAGAGAAGAUAACAGUGACGCAAAUCAGCUCACCUCUUUGGUCUCUGGGUUAACAAAAGCUCUUUGUUCAGUAUGAGUUAAUGCAGACAAAGCUACUGCUGAUCUUGUCUUUUCAUAUUUUCGGACUAGAUGGCAUUCUGAAGAUAGUAGUAGGGUGUGCCACGUUAUGCUGGUUCCAGGCAAAACAGAUAUGCUUGCUUCUCAUGAGAUAUUUGUCCCAUUAGACUAAGAUGUCAAAUUGAAGACAUUAGGGUGGAAUGUCUCCUGUCCUGCUGAAACUGUGGUUUUGUUCAUCACAAGUAGCAACUAUCAUUUUCUACUCUGAUAACCUUCCUCCUGUUUUGCGCAUCAUUUUAACCUUUUUGUGAGUGGUCCAUCAUUUUGACCUUUGUGGUGCCACACUCUGGUUCUUAACUUUCUCUAUUUGAGCUGUGAUUCAUAUCAUAAUAUAACUGCAUACACUUCCUAGA